AAAAAAGAGAAAUAAACAAUAAAAGUGAGCAGAAAACCAGUUUGAAUUAUUUUAACGCUAACCAUCUAACGAAUCCCAUCAAUUCCUUGGAAAACGACCCGAUUUAAAUUCAAGAUCGACCGCUGUUGAGGCCAGUAUAUUGUUAAACAAUCUCAUUCGCACAUUAACAAGACAAUGGCUCUUACGCUGGUUUUUGCGCUUACUGUGGUAAUAAGCAGUCUCGGGGUAUUGGAAGCCAGGCAGCUGCCUUCUUAUAUUAAACCGUGCAGUAAAAGCGACCCGGAGCUGAACAAAUGUAUAAAAGAAAGGGCCAUCGAGGUCCUUCCGAGGAUUUUACAAGGCGAUAAAUCGUAUAAGAUACCGAGUUUUUCACCCUUCCGCAUCCCCCUUAUAGACGUUAAGGGCAGCUCGGGGUUGUCGUUUCAAUUGAAGGAUUUGGAAUUGGACGGUUUGAAUACCACUGAAAUAAGAACUAUCAAUUUUGAUAUACCGAAUAAGAAAAUAUCCGUAGAAGUGUUCAUAAAAGACACCAAAAUGAACGGCAGGUAUUCGGUGGAUGGGAAAAUAUUUUCCUUGUCUUUGAAAGGGGAAGGACCGGCAAAUUUCAAUUCUGAAAACGUAACAGUACAUUAUACUAUCGACUACGAAUUGAUCUUCAAAAAUAACAAGAACUUCAUCGACAUUAACAAUUUCAAGACGAAUUUGGAUCUGGACAUUGCCAAGACACAUUACUAUUUUGGAAAUUUGUUCGGCGGUAACAAAUUAUUAGGAGAUAAUUUGAAUCAAUUGCUCAACGACAAUCCCAAGGAAGUGGACGAAUUAUCAGGAGAUGCUAACAAAGUGAUAAUCAACAGCAUCGUGUCCAGUCUUUUCACCGCCCUCUUCAAAAUCGUGUCUUUCGACGAAAUCUUCGUGGAUUAAUCUACCGUUUUACGACCGACAUUUUGUGAUAAGUAGUUUGUAAUUAUUAGAUUGUAUUUACAUGUAUUAUUAAAUUUUAUGGCAUUACA